AUGACUGGUGAGAUGCAGGAUGCAGCAGAUCUUCUGGUAGCCCUUGGAUUCUGGGAGAAUGUCAAACAUGCAAGCAUAGCGGCUGAAGAGGCAGGCGGCGUCAUCGCUCUCUGGGCAGGACCUACCGUGAUAUUCCUUAUCAACGACCCAGACGACGCCAUGACAGCGCUGAACACGUGUUUAGAGAAGAGUUACUUUUACAAGAUGGGCUCCAGUUGGGUCGGUAAUGGCCUCAUCACUGCCGAUGUGCCCACAUGGAAGCGAAACCGCAAACUACUGAACCCUACAUUCAGUCAGCACGUACUUGACGGAUUCCUGGGCAUAUUUAAUCGGCAAGCGGCAUUGCUGGCUCAAGAUUUAGAAGCUGUAGCUGGCACAGGUCCUUUUGACCCUACAGAGUAUCUGACUGAGAGGACCUUGGAGAGUGUGUGCCGUAAGUUAUCAUUGUUUUGCUCUUUAUACUACUAUUUUGUGGCCAUAUUUAACCGGCAAGCGGUAUUGCUGGCUCAAGAUUUAGAAGCUGUAGCUGGCACAGGUCCUUUUGACCCUACAGAGUAUCUGACUGAGAGGACCUUGGAGAGUGUGUGCCAGACGGCUAUUGGCAUAUCACUGGACGACAGAUCGGUCAUCGACACCAAAUACAAGAAAGCCGUGGAGACAGGGUUUGAUUUGCUAGCGCAGAGGCUGGCUAGCUUCUGGCUUCAUCCCGACAUCAUUUACCGCUUCACGGCGAUGAAACAGAAGGAAAAUGAUGCCAUGGCUACGCUUCACAACAUGUCUAGAAGUGUUCUAUACAAAAGAAGAAAGGAACGCCAAGAAGCAAGGCUAGCUAACACAUCAUCUCGCCGCUUCAUAGCCUUCCUAGACCUCCUUCUCGACCUGGCCGAAGACGGUUCCUUCACAGACGAUCAGAUUCAACAGGAGCUGGAUACCCUCAUCGCAGCCGGACAUGAUACGUCAUCCAGAGCUCUCAUCUCCACUCUAGUGCUCGUUGGGACACAUUUGGAUAUCCAAGAGAAGAUUUAUGAAGAAAUAAUGGCAGUCCUCGGCUCCAGUGCGGACUUGUGCAAGGAAGACAUGGCGAAGUUGGUGUACACGGAGGCGGUCAUUAAAGAGGUGCUGCGCAUCAGCCCUGUGACUCCCAUCAUCGCGAGGGAUAUUGACAAGGAACUUAAACUUAAGAACUAUACUCUGCCAGCGGGUAGCGGUUGUAUCGUAUCCUUCUGGGGCAUCCAUCGCCUGCCGAUCUGGGGCCCGGACCGCAUGGAAUUCAAUCCAGAUCGCUGGCUGGACCCCUCCAAGCUGCCUCAGAACCCUGGCUGCUAUGGUGCUUUUAGCCUUGGUAGGCGGAACUGCAUUGGAAAAAACUACGCAUUGAUGUCGGUGAAGACGAACCUUGUGCACUUGGUACGAAAGUUCCGCAUUACGGCCGACUACAGCAAAGUGAAGCGAAAGUACGAUUUACUGCUCAAGUACGUGGAGGGACAUCACAUCGCUUUACAACUUAGGAAUUGAUCUAUCACGCACCACGAAAAAACAGGCC